GCGCUGUGUCGGUCUGUCUUGCUGCUCCCUUGUGAGGCGAGCUUUGGCUUCCCACUGCUGCAUGCAAUCCUAUACAUUCUUAACUGGUGCUUUAGGACUGUUUGAGUGUUCUCUGGAUCUCAGGGCUCCUUUGGCUUUUCUUACGGACUAGAAUAUGUCAACUUCAAGAAUGGACUAAAGCGUUUUCUUUUCUUCCUGUCUGAUUCUAUGCACAAAACGUUUUCCAGAGCAGCACAUCUUGUUGGUGUGGCUCCGACCCCUGCCAUAGUGGCUGAGGGGUUGGGAGGGAGCUGUCAACAUGGCAGAUACAUUGGAGUUCAAUGAAAUUUACCAGGAGGUGAAGGGAUCUAUGAACGAUGGACGUCUGCGGCUAAACCGUCAAGGGGUGAUUUUCAAGAACAGCAAAACUGGAAAAGUUGACAAUAUCCAGGCCUCGGAGUUGUCAGAGGGCAUCUGGCGACGAGUGGCAUUGGGCCAUGGUCUCAAACUACUUACAAAAAGCGGCCAUGUCUACAAGUAUGAUGGGUUCAGAGAGACGGAGUUUGACAAACUCUCAGAUUUCUUCAAGACCCACUUUCACUUGGAACUUGCUGAAAAAGACCUGUGUGUGAAGGGUUGGAACUGGGGGACAGUGAAGUUUGGAGGGCAGCUCCUCUCUUUUGAUAUUGGGGAGCAGCCGGUUUUUGAGAUCCCACUCAGUAAUGUGUCCCAGUGCACAACUGGCAAGAAUGAGGUGACGCUGGAGUUCCACCAGAAUGAUGACGCUGAGGUGUCGCUGAUGGAGGUGCGCUUCUAUGUGCCGCCCACCCAGGAAGACGGCGUGGACCCUGUGGAGGCGUUUGCCCAGAAUGUGUUAUCCAAGGCAGACGUCAUCCAGGCCACUGGAGAUGCCAUCUGCAUCUUCCGAGAGCUGCAGUGCUUGACGCCACGUGGACGCUAUGAUAUCCGCAUCUAUCCCACCUUCCUGCACCUCCAUGGCAAGACAUUUGACUACAAGAUCCCCUAUACUACUGUUCUGCGGCUUUUCCUGCUGCCCCAUAAAGACCAACGGCAGAUGUUCUUUGUGAUCAGCUUAGACCCUCCUAUAAAGCAAGGCCAAACCCGCUACCACUUUCUUAUUCUACUCUUCUCAAAGGAUGAGGACAUCUCCUUGACCCUCAACAUGAAUGAGGAUGAAGUAGAAAAGCGCUUUGAGGGAAGGCUCACCAAGAAUAUGUCUGGCUCCCUGUAUGAGAUGGUCAGUCGUGUCAUGAAAGCCCUUGUCAACCGCAAGAUCACCGUGCCUGGGAACUUCCAAGGGCAUUCCGGGGCACAAUGUAUCACCUGCUCUUACAAGGCCAGUUCGGGGCUCCUGUACCCUUUAGAACGUGGCUUCAUCUAUGUGCACAAACCACCUGUCCACAUCCGGUUUGAUGAGAUCUCUUUUGUAAACUUUGCCCGUGGAACCACAACCACACGCUCCUUUGACUUUGAGAUAGAAACUAAGCAGGGGACACAAUACACGUUCAGCAGCAUAGAGAGAGAGGAAUAUGGCAAACUGUUUGACUUUGUGAAUGCCAAGAAGCUGAACAUCAAGAACCGAGGACUCAAGGAGGGCAUUAAGUCUGUGCCCUACGAUGACUAUGCCGGCUCAGAUGAGGACACCCACGAUGCCUACUUGGAGCGUAUGAAGGAGGAGGGCAAGAUUCGUGAGGAACAUGCAAAUGAUAGCAGCGAGGACUCUGGGGAGGAGACAGAUGAAUCGUUUAAUCCUGUGGAGGAGGAGGAAGAUGUGGCAGAAGAGUUUGACAGCAACGCCUCAGCCAGCUCAUCUAGCAACGAAGGAGACAGUGAUGAGAAGAAGAAACCUGCUAAGAAAGCCAAAAUGGUUAAAGAACGUAAACCCCGCAAGAAGCCGUCUGAGGGUAAGAAAGGGAAAGACCCCAAUGCCCCAAAGAGACCUUUAUCUGCCUACAUGCUUUGGCUCAAUGCUAAUCGUGACAAGAUCAGAUCUGAAUGUCCCGGUAUGAGCGUCACUGAUGUGUCCAAGAAGGCUGGAGAACUCUGGAAAGGGAUGUCCAAAGAGAAGAAAGAGGAAUGGGAUCGCAAAGCCGAAGAGGCCAAGAGGGACUAUGAGAGGGCCAUGAAGGAGUACACGGAGGGUGGCAAGUCGGAGAGCUCCAAGAAGGAAAAGCCCAAGAAGAAAAAGAAGCCGGAGAAGCCAGGGAAAGGCAGGCCAGAGAAGAAAGCUGCGCCCCCUGCAAAAUCCUCGGCCAGCAAGAGCCCUUCCAAGCAGCUAGGCGAGAGCUUCAAGAGCAAGGAGUUUGUGUCCAGUGACGAAAGCUCCUCAGGCGAGGACAAGAAGGAGGACUCGGAGGAGGAAGAGAUUGCCAGCACCCCACCCAGCUCAGCAGAGUCUGCAUCUGGCUCCGAUUAGCAGGAAAGACCCACACAACCACCCAGGUUCCCCUAUCCCUCUUCCAGGUGGUCUGGCGGUUAGAUUGCUGAGACGAAACUGACUGGACACUGUUUUAUCCCGGCAAGUAGGCUGGAGAGCUGGCACUGUAUAGGACUCCCUACUGGCCUACCCAGCUUGUUCCCCCCCUCCCAGUAUUGCAGGUUGCUGCCGGGGCCAGCUAUUAUCUCUGGAGAAAAUGGAUGCCACUAAAAGAAAGAGGAUGGAGAAUGCCAGUUAUCCCCUUGUUCUGCUUCUAUGUUGUCAUAGAUGCACUGUAUCCCUUUAGAUGGCAGUCUGGGUAGUAUGUGACAUGGAGCUGGAAGCUGGGACACUAUGCAGCCUCCCUAGUCAGAUGGCGUUGUUUUUCUUCUUUUUUUCAAGGCUCUCUUUGUAUUCUGUCUUAAUGUGACUAACUGAUUUAAUAAAAUCUUGAAUUUG